CUUCCCCAAUUCUCUCCUACUGUCCGGGACCCAUACUCCCAAUCGACCACACUAAGGUCAAGGUAACAGGGAAAGGAAUCACAGAAGGUCGUGCGGGAGUUCGGAUGGCAUUCAUGAUCGACGGGAAACUUGCUGGCCCCGGUGUGCCAAAGGUGGAGAUGCAGGGCGUAAGGUCCAACCCAACGGUUGAAAUGUCGGCCCUGAAGUAUGACCGGUACCGCUGUCACUACACCGCCCCCUCCCCUGGGGCUUACCUUCUCUACAUCUACUGGUCAGGAACGAAACUGAUCAACGUACCGUACAAGUUAUCUGUGUCCCAUAGAGAAGCUGGGGGAAAGGUGAAGGUCAUAGGUCGCGGACUCAAGGGCGGAUUCGUGGGUCAGGAGCUCCGCGUAAUUGUGAACACGACCUUUGCAGGAUACGGUGAGGUGGCAGCAGAAAUGAGCGGAGUGUUACAGCCAGCUCGCUGUGAUAUUUUGGACCAGCAAAACGGUAUCUUAACCUUGAGAUUGUUUCCUACAGAGGCGUGUAGACAUAGUCUUUCAGUCAGUUUUGAUGGAGAACAUGUUCCGGGUAUGAAAUAUUGA